AUGAGGGCGACGCGGCUCCUGGCGGCGGCGGCGCUCCUCGCCGCGCUGCUCGCGGUGUCCGCGGCGGCGGCGAAGCUCGAUCUGGACGAGGUGGACGACUCGGAGGUGCUGGAGGCGCUGCUGGCCGUGGACGAGGAGGAGGAGGAUGCGGCGCCGCCGGGCGGUGGCGGGGGCGCGGAGGCGGUGCGGCGGACGCAGUCCAUGGUGCUGGUGCUCGACAACGACAACGCGGCGCGCGCCGUGCGGGACCACCCGGAGCUGCUGCUCCUCGGCUACGCGCCCUGGUGCGAGCGCAGCGCCAAGCUCAUGCCGCGCUUCGCCGAGGCCGCCGCGGCGCUGCGCGCCAUGGGGAGCGCCGUCGCCUUCGCCAAGCUCGACGGGGAGCGGUUCCCCAAGGCCGCCUCCACCGUCGGGGUCAACGGCUUCCCCUCCGUGCUCCUCUUCGUCAACGGCACCGAGCACGCCUACACCGGCCUCCACACCAAGGACGCGAUAGUUACUUGGGUUAGAAAGAAGACCGGCACGCCAGUAAUUAGGAUUGAGUCGAAGGAUUCAGCUGAGGAACUUCUUAAGAAGGGCCAGACAUUUGCUCUUGGCUUAUUCAAGAAUUACGAGGGAACCGACCAUGAAGAAUUUAUGAAGGCAGCGACUGCUGAAAACGAAGUACAAUUUGUAGAGACCAAUGAUAGGAAUGUGGCCAAGAUUCUUUUUCCAGGGAUUGCAUCUGAAGAACAAUUCCUGGGCCUUGUGAAAAGCGAACCAGAGAAGUUCGAAAAGUUUGAUGGAGCAUUUGAAGAAAAGGAGAUAUUGCAGUUUGUGGAGCUUAACAAGUUCCCACUAAUUACUGUAUUCACUGAUUUAAACUCAGCUAAAGUCUAUUCAAGCCCAAUUAAGUUGCAGGUCUUCACCUUCGCAGAGGCUUAUGAUUUUGAAGAUCUUGAAUCUAUUGUUCAAGAGGUGGCCAGAGGAUUUAAGACAAAGAUAAUGUUUAUAUAUGUGGACACUGCUGAAGAAAACCUUGCAAAACCAUUCCUGACUCUUUAUGGCCUUGAAGGAGAUAAACCUACUGUUACAGCAUUUGAUACGAGCAAAGGUGCUAAAUAUGUGUUGGAGGCAGAUAUUAACGCGAAGAACCUAAAGGAGGGACUUGUUGAAAAGGUUGUUGGACGUACAUUUGAUUCUUCUGUCCUGCAAAGCCCUCACAAUAUUCUCCUCGAGGCUCAUGCACCUUGGUGUGUUGACUGUGAAGCCAUCAGUAAAAACAUUGAGAAGUUGGCCAAGCAUUUCAGUGGUUUGGACAAUCUUAAAUUUGCACGCAUUGAUGCUUCGGUGAAUGAACAUCCAAAAUUGCAGGUAAACAAUUACCCCACACUCUUGCUUUAUCCUGCUGAAGACAAGACCAACCCGAUCAAACUUUCAAAGAAAUUAAGCCUGAAAGACAUGGCGAGAUUCCUCAAGGAGAAGCUGCAGAUUUCGGACGUCGAAAUUAAGGAGAAGCUCCAAACUCCUAACAUUGAAACAGUAGCUGCCGCUGACAAUGUCAAGGAUGAGCUAUAG